AUGCGAGAAGCAGGGUUCGCCGAACAUGCAGUAGGUCUGUGGCAAGCAAUUCUAGAGCUCACCCUCUUUCAAUCAGGGACAAUCGACUCUGCUACAGCUCGAGAGGAGGUGUUGUCAGCUUUCAUGGAUUUCUGGGAUUCUGAAGUUGCGCGUGUUGGUGAAGUUGGCGCAAAGGGAUGGCGGAGCGGCCAUAAUACUCUUCUGGAGCCCAGGUCCUUCACGCCGCGACUUCGAGUCAACUCCAAGUCUAUAUUCGCGUCUUGGAUGUCAUGUGAACGGGAACAUAUUCACAACGCUCGCCUUCCAGCUCGCAGCUUAGAUGAAGAGAACGAUGAUCCUUAUCGUGUAGUUCUCUCGACCGACCUUCGAGAGGUCCUAUCCCUUGUAUGGGGCUUGGCAUCAACAGACGUAUUAGUUGACAGCUUUUUAUAUUUCUGCCAUCUUCCUCCUAUUGCAUUUUCCAACGACUCGAAGAAAACAAAUCAUUGGAUGGGUGACAGCUUCUUGCGAAAUGAAUUCAUGAGCAGCUCUGAUCCCGCGCUUGAUCGCUGGGUUCAUAAAUGGAACACUAAUACUAGGACUACCGCUUCGGUGCCGGUUUACUUCCAGAAUUUUGUUCAUUCAUUCGACACUCUCUUCGCAGACCACGAAGCAUGGUUUUCCUCCAUCGGUCCUUGGGCUACCGCCGUACUGAACUCUCAAUCCGAUGUCGACCCUGAAUGGGUUUCCAAGGUAUUGAGAUCUUUAGUAGAGGCGAUGCCACGAAAUGACCAUUUGGCUGCGUAUUCAAUCGCAGUGGAGUUUGCAUGUGACCGCAUUAAGGCAGCAAAGUACGCGAAAUCCUUACUUAAGAAGCGGCCGUCCAGCCUGUGGCUCUACAAUGUGUAUGCUCUUAUUGAACGUCGGUCAGGCAACCUGGAGGCUGCCGACCGUGUGUGGGAAACUACUCUAUCUAUGAGCCAAAACAGUAAGACGUUUACUGAGAGGGAGAAGGCCGAUUCGGUUCUCCUUUGGCAUACUUAUAUAUGGGAAAUGCUGGAAGCCGGGAGUUUAGAUUAUGUUUCUUAUCUCUUCAAUUCUAUUCCUCAGAGCAGUCCUAGUCUGAAGGCUCCGGUGGAUCCCAAACAAUACAUAUUCAGCCCGACAAGUUUGCUGAAGACUCAUAAUCUACUGUCAGAUAUUCAAGAGGCCUUGCUUGCAGCCGGAAAUGCCAAUACGUUCGUGGCCUGCGUAGACUGUCUAGCAAUACUAGCAUACCUUUCUAAGUCUCGGGAUCUAAAUAAAGCCCUCCAGCCAUACAGCAAUGCCUUCGACAGACUUGCAACAUUGCCAGUACAGUUCGAAUCGUUCAGAUCCGUUUCUAUUGAACUCCUCCACCAAGCGCGUGCAAGACUCCUUUACUAUCACGCCCGCACAAGCAGCAUAUACAAACCUUCUCAGAUACGUGCUCUACUGGCAGAUAGCAUAUCUUUAUUCCCUCAUAACACGAUAUUUCUAUCCCUCUUCGCUUGGAACGAGUCACGAUUCCGUAUUGAAGAGCGUGUCAGGGAUACAAUCAUGGACAUAACGACAAAAGCCCACAACCGCGCUGAUCAAAUUCUCACAACCCAAGUACCAAUCACAUCACACCUAUUCUCCAUCUUCACCGAACUCAACCGUCCUAUUUAUGCCGGUUCUACACCACACUCUGUUCGUGCGGCUUUUGAAAAGGCUAUUGGUGACCAAGACCCCUCCACCCCCACACACUAUAACACAGUCUCCACCGCCCGCUCCAGCCUCACGCUCUGGAAACUGUACAUUCUCUUCGAGCUAUCUCAACACGACAUCAAUCGUGCCAAAGAUGUUUUUUACCGUGGCAUGCGCGCCUGCCCUUGGUCCAAAGAGCUCAUAAUGCUUGCGUUCAGUCAUCUCAGGGCAGAUAUCAUCCAGGAGCGGUAUCCUGGCGCAUCACGGAAGGGUGAUGGUAUGAACUUUCUGGAGCUACGUAGUGUUUAUAAUGUCCUGAUAGAGAAGGAAUUGCGUAUUCAUGUCGACAUCGAAGAUGAAUUGGACGAGUUUGUGGCGGAGAUGCAGCAGAAGACAGCUGCGCUGGGAUUACCAAUUGCUAUGCCGGAAGAUGCCGAUAGCGAGGAUGAGAGGAUGUAA